CGCUCUCUCUCUCUCUCCUCACAACUUCUCUCUCUCUUUUGGAUGAAGAAGGAGGGUCGGGUGCUCACUCACUGUUGGAAACCGUCGACAUGGUCUGGGGCACGGAACUGUGGGACUGCAUUGCGGCCAUCGAAGUGCAGACCGAUGAGGGCAUCCAGUUCAUCUCUCAAGUGCGCACGUUUGCAGCAAAGGUGGCUGAGAUUGAGAAGGAGAGCGCGAGUAAGCUGCUUGCUCUGACCAAGCAGUUUGAGCCCACUCUCAAUGUCCAUCCUCAUUCCCCCAUGUUCGCCCAGUGCUGGAAGGACUUGGUUGGCAUGGUUGGCGAUGCUGCCAAUGCACGGGAUGUAGCCUCGGUGUCCAUUAUGAAUGAGGUCUGCCAGCCCCUGCGCACCCUGAUCAAGGAGAAGACACAGGAGCGAAGUGAAUUGCUCAAGCAAGUCGCGCAGUUGCAAAACGAUCUACAGAAACACGCUGCCACAUUUGAAAAGUGCAAGAAAGCGUAUGACAAGGUCGAGAAGGAUGCCGUUGCAGCCAAGGUGGCGUAUGAAAAGAUCGAGAUGAGCGAAGUGGACAAGAAGAAAAAGAUCGACCAGGCGCGUCGCGAAUAUGCGGCCAAGGCUCAGGCCCGCGAGGAUGCCGAGCGACAGCUGUGCGAGGAUUUGGACACUUUCAAUCGCGAACGCACCGUCAUCUACUACUCCCACAUGCCCGCCGUAUUUGACAGUCUCCAAGCCAUGGAUGAGAAUCGGGCCGAGGGUGUGGUCAAUCAAAUCAACCAGACCGUGGCGUGUUUGCGCCAGGCUGCUCAGAGUGAGCUGCGUGCCAUCGAUGGCGUCGAGGGCAGCUGCCGCAAUUUUGACAAGGGAUCAGACGCCGCCAGCUUUGCUGCUGCCGUCAAAACGGGUCAGCCGCAACCCGGUGAUAUUCCCUUUGAUGAAGUUAUGGCCAAUCGUCAAUCCGCAAAAAAGAACUCGCCACGCGUGCAGCGAAAAUUGGAUAAGCGCCCGUCGAUGGUGGAUGGUGACGCCUACGAACCGAGUACACCCAUGGCGGCAUCAACCCCAGCAGCAGCUCCAGCCACGCCGGCGGCACCUGCUGCGCCAGCGCCGCCGCGCAUUCAAAUCAUGUAUGACUUUGCCGGCUCCAAUCAAGGCGAGCUGCCCGUUGUAGCUGGAGAAGUGGUCUUCCUCAUGCAAGAUGACGGCUCCGGCUGGGCCCUUGCGGCCAAGAUUCAACAAGUGCUCGAGCAAGAGCGUCAAAUCGCCAAGAAAUGUCUGGCCGCCAAGGAUCGCGAACGGGCCAAGCUCGUGCUCCGCCGCAAAAAGUAUCAAGAAGCCCUGCUUCAAAAGACAGAGGGCCAGCUUGAUAACCUGGAUGACAUGGUACAGCGCAUCGAGUUUGGUAGCAUUGAGAAGGACGUGAUCAAUGGUCUUGAAGCCGGCAAUGAAGCCCUCAAGGCCUUGCAGGCAGAGCUGGAUAUUGAGCGGGUUGAGCGUGUCAUGGAAGACGCCAGUGAGCUCCAAGCCUGGACCGACCUCAUGGAUGAUGAAGCUCUGCUUCAGGCUGACGAACUGCCAUCUGUUCCUACCGCGGAUCCCUCUGCAACGGCAACUGAGACUGCUGCGCAGUCAGAACCUGAAUCAUCGCCGAAGCAAUCCAGCCCUGCUUUGGUCCCUGCUUGA